AUAAUCACAUACGCCGCUCCUCACAUCCCGCCCGCAGCACACAGGGUACCUUCAGGUUAAACGCAAAGCAACCAAAGGCUGAAGUUACAAUCCAGACAGUUAUGUACAUAGGGUGCACGUUCCUUAGAGGCGCCAAGGAUUCCUCACCAUGUUGUAAUACAAAAAAGAAAUGUGUAUGUCCAUGGUUGUCCGUAUGUAUUGAUAUAAAGGAAGGAAAGUCACGGCGUUUGUCUGCUAAUCGAUGUUUACGCAAACGAAGCUUCAUGAAGAGACGUGGAGAAGUCCGAAUACUUCACUCCUAUCUGAAGUUUGUGCUGAUGAUGUUGUUCAGAGGAAGAACAAUGAAAGAAAGCUUCGGAACCAAAAUAUCCAGCUCAAAGAACGAAACUCGACCACAAAUAUUGUUUCAGAUAAGUGAAUGUCCAUCAACUAAGUCACCAUCGAAUUCUCGGUGGUGUAGCCUCCAAAAGUGACUUUAGGAAGUUUGUACACUUAAAUCUUUGACUGAGUAUAAGUUUUCUCAUGAUUGAAAGCAUAGCUUACUGGUGAAUACCUAAUACAAUUUAUCAUAGUAUUUUAUUAUACAAUUUGACUGUCUGUAUUUACUAACUUGAUAAUUGUAAAGUUAAAGUUUAUUCAGCUAAAGAACCAAUGUACUAGUCAAACGCUAUUCAGUAUAUGUUUUGCUCACGUUCGGGACUAAUCAACUGUUCCUUAACUUUCUUUGAAUUCUUCAAUUAAAAUCUAUUCAGAUACUUCACUUCUCUACUUGAAGUUUGUGCUGAUAAUAAAAGUUCCACGACGAUCAAAGCAUCCAACUGACAGAACGAAACUCCAUCACAUCAAUCUAUUUGAGUUACAAAUUUUCUCCGUCAUCUCAAAAUUUGGAAUUAAAAUGAAUCUUUUCACAAGAACACAUCUUUAUCUGAUUAAUUAUUAAUCGGUGAGAUUUAUUCACAUCAACGUAUUGAAGAAAUAAAAUAUUUGUUUUAUUUGUAUACUAUUAUUACUUGUUAUUAUUGAUAAUAAUAAUAAUAAUCAAUAAAA